AUGGCUUCUGAUUCUGCGGCCACAACCCGUCGUGUGUGGUCAAAGUUAGAAGAUGAGAAGCUCACGUCUCUCGUGGAGCAUUUGGGUGAUCAACGAGACAAGGAGGGCGGGAACUGGAAUGAGAUUUCAAGACACCUUCCGGGGCGAUCCAAUAAGGAUUGUCGAAAACGUUGGUUCCACUCGCUAGAUCCAGCUUUGCGGAAGGGUCGUUGGUCCAAAGAGGAGGACGAGCUGUUACUUGCGGCUUAUAAGCGGUUGGGACCCGCUUGGAAGGAUAUCGCUCUUCUUAUUGAAGGUCGAAAGGAUGACCAGUGUGCGAAAAGAUACAAUGAUAUUCUAAAUCCAUCAGUGAGAGAUAGACUCAGAAAUUGGUCACCCGAGGAAGAUCAGUAUUUAGCUGCGAAGGUCCAGGAGCUCGGACACAAAUGGGCUGCAAUUUCUUCGGGGCUUCCAGGUCGUCCUCCUCUGACUUGUCGAAAUCGAUGGAGGAGACUUUCAAAGGAGUUGUCAAGAAUGCCCGAUUCAACUUCCAACACAACUUCCAACACGACUUCCAACGAGCCUCAUUCGAUCGCCCCAGCAGCGAUUUCGCCUAGAGCUACAAGAUCCAAAUCAAUCAGCCACCUUACCAACAUUUCAUAUCCAAUGGCACCUGCUUUACUGACAAAUGCCCAAAGCUUUGACGUGCCAUCUGCCAGUCUAUCGCUAGCUUUACCAGAUACCACUCUACAAAUGCCCAUGUACGGUAUGGAUGACAUGAGCAUCCACAGCGCAUCCGCAUUUGGAGUGGACAGCAUGAGCAUACAUAGCGCACAAACCUCCAAUGGCCCGGGCCUAGAAUUUCCAGAGUACUCAUUAUCCCAUGGACAUCGAGACCAAUUUUGGGAAUCCCCCUCAGAAGAUCCAUCCUUCGCCUUACCAGAUCGCAACUAUGAAUCCGAACCAAACAUGUUAACAGAUUACUACAACCCCAGGGCAAUGUCUCAGAGAUUUCCUAUGCAUGGCCGCCGCUAUCAUCCAUGGAUCCCACCGUCAGGCAACAACCUGGAUAACAUUGCUUCUCUCGAUCUCGCGAAUACUCAGACUCAGCAUCCUCCUUUCGGCAUACCCGGUUCGAUCAUUCCAGAGCUGGAUGAAGGGCCGGAGCCCGCGCUGGAACAAGCCGCCAUUAAUCAGGUGCUGUCUUCGCAUCGGGAACCAGUUAUUCCUGAUGAUAUUUCAUGGGUUUCUGCCAUGGCUUUUUGGGCCGUCCCAUUCCUGGAGUCUCUACAGCACUAA